AGGACCGCUGAUCAUCCACACAGCAAGUAGCAUCAUCAAGGGGCAAAUCCUAAAGAACUAUAUUUGAUCUUCUUAUCUGAUGGGAUAUUUCUGUCUGCAAUGCCUUCAAUGUGGCUCAACAUUUCCUCUUCCCCAUUCCUGCUCACAGGCUUCCCAGGUCUGGAGAAAGCCCAUCACCUGAUCUCCCUCCCAUUACUGAUGGCCUAUAUCUCCAUAUUACUUGGCAACGGCACCCUCCUUUUCCUCAUUAAGGAUGACCAUAACCUCCAUGAGCCCAUGUAUUAUUUCUUAGGUAUGUUGGCAGCUACGGAUCUUGGCGUAACAUUGACCACCAUGCCCACAGUGCUGAGUGUACUAUGGUUAAAUCACAGGGAAAUUGGCCAUGGAGCCUGCUUCUCUCAGGCCUAUUUUAUCCACACUCUCUCUAUUGUGGAGUCGGGGGUCUUGCUUGCCAUGGCCUAUGACCGUUUCAUUGCCAUUCGCAACCCACUAAGGUAUACCACCAUCCUUACAGAUACUAAGGUAAUAAAGAUUGGCAUAGGCGUAGUGAUGAGGGCUGGUCUGUCAAUCAUGCCAAUAAUCAUUCGCCUGCAUUGGUUUCCCUAUUGUCGCUCCCAUGUACUCUCCCAUGCUUUCUGUCUACACCAAGAUGUCAUCAAGCUAGCCUGCGCUGACAUCACAUUCAAUCGUCUCUAUCCUGUUGUGGUUGUAUUUGCAAUGGUCUUGCUAGAUUUCCUGAUCAUCUUCUUCUCCUACGUUUUGAUUCUCAAGACUGUCAUGGGCAUUGCUUCUACAGAUGAGCGGGCCAAGGCUCUCAACACAUGUGUCUCCCACAUCUGUUGCAUCUUGGUCUUCUAUGUCACUGUGGUUGGUCUGACGUUUAUUCACAGGUUUGGAAAGAAUGUUCCUCAUGUCGUCCACAUCACAAUGAGCUACGUCUACUUUCUUUUCCCCCCUUUUAUGAACCCUGUCAUCUAUAGCAUUAAGACCAAACAGAUUCAGAGUGGUUUGCUUCGCUUAUUCUCCCUGCCUUGUUCUAAAACAUGACUCUGACUGCUCCUGGAAUGUAAAUAUAGUGACAGUGUUGCAGGAAGAAGUACCCAUGC